UGCAGUAAACCUGCAAGCUAUCUUAACAUUGAGUCAUUGAAGUUGGGUCAACUAGAUGCUCAUAAAUGCCUUUUAAGCCAAUAACUAAAUCAUUUUCCAAUUGAUUUGAAAGUUAAUCAUAAGCUCCAAAAUAUCACAAUUCAUCUGUUAAAAUGGGUUGAGCUUUUCUAUCCCACAUUUGGUCAGUGGUGUUUCCAUUGUAAAUUAAAUUCUUACUGUUCAGAACAAAAAGGUAACACUUGUAAUGAUUUCUUUUGUCAAAGGAUUGACCAUAAUCCCUUUUCUUCAUAACCAAUGGAUUAGUCUUUGAUCUCUUGUAUAUUUUUUAAAUAUUAAGACCCAAGGCAUUGACCUGCCUCUUUGGAAUAGUUAUUUCUUAUUGAUAAAUGUACCUAUGAUUGGCUAUCAAAUUGGAUUUCUUGACAAUAGAAUUUGUACCGUGAAGUUUUGAACAUUAGUUCAAGAAAUAAUGAAGACCAAGCUAGUUUUUGUUGUUCUGUUUCUUAUUUGGACAACUUGUGAGAUUCAAGUGAAAGGUGCAGUAUUUUCAGACACCUCAUCUCUGUAUCAGGAUCUUUUCACAAACUAUUCAUCAGAUCUACGACCACAAGCAGAUCUAUCACAACCAAUAAAAAUUGGUAUUAAGUUAUAUUUAUUCUCCAUCAACAACUUUGAUGAGAUUUCUGGCAUUCUUUCUGCUGUGGUUGGAAUUUCAAUGCAGUUGAAAGACUUCCGCCUUGGGUGGACACCUAGCAGCUAUGGUGGAGUGAAUACUCUAACAGUUCCAAAGGACAAAAUAUGGACACCAAACAUUUAUUUGAUAGAUCCUGCCAAUGAGAUGAAGGCUAUUGGUGAUGGGAAAGUAAUUGGGAGAAUACUCUUUGAUGGAUCUGUGAUUUGGUCACCUGGAGGAUUGGUGCAGUCACUUUGCAAUGUAAACAUGUAUUCUUUCCCAUUUGACACCCAGGUCUGUACCAUAACAUUCACACUUUGGGGGUAUUUAUCAGCGGAAGCUAUUUUGGAGCCUCUUGAUAACAUUACUAGCGUAGAUUCAUUAUUCUACACAGAGAAUGGCCAGUGGGAAAUGAAAAAGGCUAUCCUGAUUCCUUUGGAUAACGGAUCACGAAGCUCAUUGUUGCAAGUUCAACUGACAUUGCGUAGAAGGGCCUUAUACUUUGUUAUUAACAUGCUAGCUCCAAUACUCCUUCUCUCAGUUCUGAAUCCCCUUGUGUUUAUUCUUCCCGUGGAUAGUGGUGAGCGUGUGUCUUUUGCUGUUACCAUUUUCCUUUCAUUUGCUGUGUUCCUAACUCUCAUCAAUGAUAACAUGCCAAAGUCAUCUGAGCCCAUGGCAGCAAUUUCCUAUUUUUUAAUUGUAAUAAUGUGUAUGAGCACACUUAUAAUUGUAUUUACUAUUUUAAAUUUAUAUUUACACUUCAAAGAAGAAGAGAAAGAAGUUAAUAAGAAAUUGGUACUGCUUCUGAGGUAUUUGAAACUAAGCUGGCUGUUUAAAAGAUACAGGAUGAAAGGCACUCGGAUCACAGUCUCCAGCAAAGAGAAUAACAAGUGCUCAGAAAACAGGACAGAUAAUAGUAAUCUGGAACAAAUUGAAAGAGAAAAGACUGAUGUGGUCAAAAUGAAUUGGAAAUCUCUAGCUAAUGAGUACGAUAGAAUAUUGAUGUACUACUACUAUGUCCUGAUAUUUUUUGUGUGGAUUAUUUUGGUUUUGUUAUUAUCGGUCUAAUCUUUAAAUCUUUGUAUAUACACAUUUAUUUAAAAAAGUUUUUUUUAAUGCAAACGCUGGCAUUUAUACAAACAAAAUAUACAAUCAAGCUUUUAGAUGAUUUGGUCUAACAUUUGUUUGAUGGAAUAUAUGUCUAUUUUAUAUUUAUCUUUAUGUAUCCCUUUUUGCAAGUUACAUUUGUAUUUUAAAAAAGUGUAAAUUUAUCCGAAAUUCCUGUAAAAGCAUAAGCAGAGGAAAGUUUUAAUGAAACAUGCAAACAGUGCUUUGUGUACAAAUCCAGCAGAUGCUUUAUUACCUGUAAACAUCCACUUUUUGAUCAAGUAAUAGGUUGAUUAGUUCUUUAUCAUUAGCAUUACCUAAUCAUUGGAUCAGCGCGUUUUAACAAAUUAGAUCAAAAUCUGUUCUGUGUAGAGGUCAAUCCAUUGAAUUCAUUACCUUAACUGAUUCUAUCACCAUUUAUAUAAUCCUAUCUCUGAAUACACAUAAGCAAAUUCAUUAUCAAAUACCGAUAACUAAUCUAAUCUAUUUACCUGAUGUACCAUGGGUCUUCUGAUGAACUUGUGUCAUUGAAUGCAUUUAUUAAUUGAACCUUUUUGUAAAUAUGGUCAAUGCAUUAAAAAUUAUUCAGUGGAACCAACUUGU